AUCGGGUAGCUGAUUGGCUGAAAGAAGUGUCACUCAAGCAAACGGUUUCGCGUUUUGUUGAUGCUGCUGUGAUAGUUCCUGUAGCGGCAGCUGCUCAGAGUCUGAGCUGGGCGGUUUUUUUUAAAGGUCUCCGUACUACAUCAUCUGGAUGUCCAAACACAAACUCUUCCUUCUCCGACACGGGGAGGGCACCUGGAACAAAGAGAACCGCUUCUGCAGCUGGGUUGAUCAGAAACUGAGUGAGAAUGGGGUGGUGGAAGCCCAAGAAUGCGGCAGGCUCCUGAAAGAGCAGGGCUACCAGUUCGACCAGGUUUUUACCUCCAUACUGAGCCGCUCCAUCCAGACGGCCUGGUUGUUGCUGGAGGCCAUGGGACAAGAGUGGGUCCCAGUCACCAAAUCCUGGAGGUUAAACGAGCGCCAUUACGGGGCCCUGAUCGGCCUCAAUCGGGCUGAGAUGGCUUUAAACCACGGGGAGGAAAAGGUUAAACUGUGGAGGCGUAGCUAUGACAUCACGCCACCCCCCAUUGAUGAGACACAUCCCUAUUAUGGUGAAAUUUACAACGACCGCCGAUACAGUACGUGCGAUGUUCCAAAAGAGGAACUGCCCAAAACAGAAAGUUUAAAGAAAGUGUUGGACAGACUUCUUCCGUUCUGGAAUGAUGUCAUUGUACCGGUGAUCAAGAGUGGCCAAACAGUCCUCAUUUCUGCACAUGGCAACAGCUGCAGGGCUUUGCUGAAAUAUUUGGAAGAUAUAUCAGAAGCGGACAUUGUGCAUGUAACGCUGCCCACAGGGGUACCAGUCUUGCUGGAGCUGGACGGAGAUCUUCGACCAGUCAAGCCCCGUCAGCUUCUGGGCGACCAGGCCAAAAUUCAGGCGGCCAUCAAAAAGGUGGAGGAUCAAGGGAAGGUUCAUGCACAAAAUAAAUAAGGACAUACUGUUAUGUGUGUCUGAGGUA